CAAUUUGACUUCCCCAGCCAAAUCUUCAGUCUUGGGUGCUGCCCAACGGAGGAUUGGGUUGCUGUGGGUAUGGAGAAUAAUAAUGUAGAAGUGGGUUUCUCACAAUAUCCUUUGGUUGAUGUUUUAAAUACUACACGUACUGAGAAAUAUCAAUUACACCAGCAUGAAUCAUGCGUUCUAUCGUUGAAGUUUGCCCAUUCUGGACGGUGGUUCGUCUCAACGGGAAAGCUGAUUACUGAAUAA